UCACACAAUGUGAUCUGUCCUCAAUAUCCCUCUCGCACGAUCUUUAUUUUUCCCUCUUACUGUUUUUUUUUUCUUUCUCGUUUUAUGUUUAGAGAAAUCUCUCAAGUCUCAAGCAUUUAUUAAAUUUUUAUUUCCCAGCUUAAAUUUUGAAACGGUGAAAUUUCACAGAGAGAGAGAGAAUCUUGAAACUAUCAAACAUUUUGAAUUCUAUCCUCUUAGCUCAGCUGAAAUUUUCUUCUUCUCAGCUCAGAUUUUUUUUGUUUAAUUCUUCGCUAGCUGUGAGUUUCUCUGAUCGUUAAGAGACUCUGUUUCGUUUCCGAGAAAGUCUGCAUAGGGAAAAUUUAACCUCACAUUGGGAAAAUUUUGGCUCUAUACUGACGAAAUGCCAAGCAUUAGAGCUCCAGCUGCGAAGAAGACCACUACACUCACGGUUGCUGUGAAAUGUAGACCGUUAAUGGAGAAAGAACGUGGUAGAGACAUUGUUCGAGUGAAUAACUCUAAGGAAGUGGUUGUGUUAGACCCAGACUUAUCCAAGGAUUAUCUUGACCGAAUUCAGAAUCGGACUAAAGAGAAGAAAUAUUGUUUUGAUCAUGCUUUUGGACCUGAGAGCACCAACAAGAAUGUGUAUAGGAGUAUGUCUUCUGUGAUCUCUAGUGUUGUUCAUGGACUCAAUGCUACAGUUUUUGCCUAUGGUUCCACUGGAAGUGGCAAAACAUAUACAAUGGUUGGAACUCGAAGUGAUCCUGGAUUGAUGGUUCUCAGCUUGAAUACUAUUUUUGAUAUGAUCAAGAGUGACAAGAGCUCAGAUGAGUUUGAAGUGACUUGCUCAUAUCUUGAAGUUUACAAUGAAGUUAUCUACGAUCUGCUUGAAAAAUCCUCUGGUCAUUUAGAGCUUAGAGAGGAUCCAGAGCAGGGAAUAGUAGUUGCAGGCCUGCGAUCAAUAAAGGUCCAUUCUGCUGAUAGGAUUCUUGAGCUGCUGAACUUGGGGAACAGUAGACGAAAAACUGAGAGCACAGAGAUGAAUGGAACAUCAUCAAGGUCUCAUGCAGUUCUAGAGAUUGCAGUCAAAAGAAGGCAAAAGAAUCAAAAUCAAGUCAUGAGAGGGAAACUCGCCCUUGUAGAUCUUGCUGGGAGUGAAAGAGCUGCUGAGACAAACAAUGGAGGUCAAAAAUUGAGGGAUGGAGCAAAUAUCAAUCGCUCACUCCUUGCACUAGCAAAUUGCAUAAAUGCUUUGGGGAAGCAACACAAAAAGGGUCUUGCUUAUGUACCAUACCGAAACAGCAAACUUACGCGGAUUCUCAAAGAUGGUCUGAGUGGGAACUCCCAGACAGUGAUGGUUGCAACUAUAUCACCUGCUGAUAGUCAGUAUCAUCAUACUGUAAACACAUUGAAAUAUGCUGACCGAGCAAAAGAGAUUAAGACACACAUCCAGAAAAAUAUUGGUACCAUCGAUACUCAUAUGUCAGACUACCAACGAAUGAUCGACAAUCUUCAAAGUGAGGUUUCUCAGCUGAAGACACAACUAGCUGAAAAAGAGUCGCAGCUAAGCAUCAAACCUUUUGAAAGAGGUGUUGAACGUGAACUUUCUUGGUUGGAUGGUUUAAGCCACCAGAUCAGUGAAAAUGUUCAAGACCGUAUAAACUUACAGAAGGCGUUAUUUGAGCUUGAGGAAACUAACCUCAGAAAUCGCACUGAACUUCAGCAUCUUGAUGAUGCAAUUGCGAAACAGGCGACAGAGAAAGAUGUUGUCGAAGCUCUAAGUAGCAGACGACAAGUAAUACUUGAUAAUAUCCGCGACAAUGAUGAAGCCGGUGUUAACUACCAGAGGGAUAUUGAAGAAAAUGAAAAACAUCGUUGCGAACUACAGGAUAUGCUCAAUGAAGCAAUAAAUAACAAUGGAAACAAAACGUAUCUGCAUAUUCUUAAUCAGUAUAAGCUCCUGGGGAUGGGUAAUACGGAACUACAGUUUGAAAUGGCAAUGAGGGACCAAAUUAUUUACAACCAAAGGGAAGCCCAGAGAAACCUAUGGAAUUUGCUCAUGGGUUUAGGAGUUGAAGAGAAACAAGUGUUCGAUCUCGCUGCAAAACAAGGAAUCACAAUCGAAGACUGGAGUAGUAUAGCGUUGUUUCCAGGACUUCCUUACCGGAAACAGACACCGAGUUUCAUACCAGCAAACAUCCCUUUCGUGGGCCACUCAUAUUCUAAAUCCUCCUGCACUUUCCAGAGCUAUCAAGACCCUUCUUCGAAAGGACAACAAUGGGCUCCAACUCCUACUUUAUGCAGAGAAGAACACCACAGCUCUUACUACUUCAUGAGACAGGAGCCACCAGCAUUUGUCAAUCUUAGGAAAAGCCACGAUGGUUGGGUUGGUGGCAGCAGACCAGCUUCACGGAUUGACACAGGAGGCAAUCAUCGCCGAGUCUCAUAUCCACAAACUGUGAACAAUUCUUCUCCUCGGAUGGCCUCAGGUCCUACUUUUUACCAGACUCCUCAAAGGGAAAUGUUGCUCAACACAACGAGUCCUUAUAGUAGUCCGCGAGUGGGACUCAUCAACGGGGCCACCACCCCGUCCGUGCAACCUUUCUAUGGAAGUCCUCGUGCCGUGACUGUGAGAAACGGUUCAUACAACACUCCACUCGCCCCCGCUGCAGUUUCAACUAAAGGUGCGAGAAACCAACAACGAGUGUUUGGAACGAGCCCACUCUCAGGAACCAAAGGCGUCAAGAACUCUUCAUAUGGACAGAACAGUCACACAAAGUUGUACAGAGGAGGAGGCACUAAAGGUCACAGUAAAGGAAACAAUACUCAACGCCAACACCAAUGACAUGAGACCAAAACAUGGGUUCGAAUUUUCGAGUCAGUUGAGGCACAGUUUUUUAAACGCCUCACACUCAGUCUCACUCUCACAUGACUCGAUUUUUUGUUUGUGUUUGUACAGCUAUUUCCACUGUAUUGAUUUCUUUCUGAUACGAUUGAUGUGUGUAUAUAUAUGGGAAAGAGGUUGGUAAAAAGUAAGAAGACAAUUGUUCCGUGGUGAACCAAAAAAAAAGCUCAACAAAUCUUCAGCUUUGUUUUCACCGAACCAUUUUUGUUUCAAUAACGUCACAGCAGAGGCCAGAGGGGAAAUAAAAAGAGUAGUUUCUGAAAAAACAAAAAAGAAGAAGUAGAGUUUCGCAAAACGUCAAAAACUUAAAAAUCUCCAAAUUGAGUUUGAAGCUAAAGCCCUAAGACGAUCUUUGCCC